CAGCCUGAGUGUAUUUCAAUCCACGUUGGCCAAGCAGGAGUACAGAUGGGCAAUGCCUGUUGGGAACUGUAUUGCCUGGAACAUGGUAUCCAGCCAGAUGGGCAGAUGGCUAGCAAUAAAACAACUGGAGGAUCUGAAAGCUCCUAUGACACCUUUUUCUGCAAGACAGGAAAUGGUGGGCUGAACCCCAGGGCCAUCUUUGUAGAUUUGGAGCCUACAGUGAUUGAUGAAGUUCGCACAGGGACCUAUCGGCGACUUUUUCAUCCAGAGCAGCUCAUCACAGGUAAAGAGGAUGCUGCCAACAAUUAUGCUCGGGGACACUACACCAUUGGUAAAGACAUCAUUGAGUCCGUUUUAGACCGAAUCCGAAAGCUGGCUGAUCAGUGUGCUGGCCUUCAGGGUUUCCUGAUUUUCCACAGUUUGGGUGGAGGCACUGGUUCAGGUUUUGCCUCCCUGCUCAUGGAAAGGCUGUCUUUUGACUAUGGAAAGAAAAGCAAGCUGGAGUUUGCUAUCUACCCUGCACCUCAGGUCUCUACAGCAGUGGUGGAGCCCUACAACACCGUCUUGACUACACAUUCAACCUUAGAGCAUUCAGACUGUGCCUUCUUGGUUGAUAAUGAAGCCAUUUAUGACAUAUGCAGAAGAAACCUGGAUGUGGAGCGGCCCUCUUACACUAACCUUAAUCGGCUCAUUGGACAAAUUGUGUCUUCCAUUACUGCCUCCUUACGUUUUGAUGGUGCCCUGAAUGUGGAUCUAACGGAGUUUCAGACCAACUUGGUGCCAUAUCCCCGUAUCCAUUUUCCUUUAGUGUCUUAUUCACCAGUAAUAUCUGCAGAAAAGGCCAAUCAUGAGCAGCACUCAGUAGCUGAGAUCACAUGCUCCUGCUUUGAGCCAACCAAUCAAAUGGUGAAAUGCGACCCUCGCCAUGGAAAAUACAUGGCCUGCUGUCUGCUGUACCGGGGUGAUGUUGUACCCAAGGAUGUGAAUGCUGCCAUUGCUGCAAUCAAGACCAAGAGGUCCAUCCAGUUUGUGGAUUGGUGUCCCACAGGCUUCAAGGUAGGUGUCAAUCGCCAGCCACCAACUGUCGUACCAGGUGGUGAUCUGGCCAGGGUACAACGGGCAGUCUGCAUGCUAAGCAACACAACUGCCAUUGCAGAGGCUUGGGCUCGUUUGGAUCAUAAAUUUGAUCUGAUGUUUGCAAAACGAGCUUUUGUACAUUGGUAUGUAGGGGAGGGCAUGGAAGAAGGUGAGUUCUCAGAGGCCAGGGAUGAUUUGGCAGCACUAGAGAAGGACUAUGAAGAAGUGGGCAUUGACACUGCUCAGAACAACAUUGAGGAGGAAGAAUAUUAA